AUCCCCCUCCCUUUUUUGGUUCAAUUGGAAAACCGUAAGUACUAUGAUUUUACUACUAGAGAACUCCUAUAGGCUUAUCGACCUUUUAGUGUACUCAGCUGAGCAUAUGAUUCAGAAUUCUGCUGUGAUUUUUGUUGCAAUAUUCAUAAUAUCAAAAAAGGAACCUAAUGAUGGGCAUCGACAAUUCAGAAGUUUGAAGCCCAUCUUGGACUAUUUUCUUCUCUCGUACUACAGUAGGUUUGAUAGGUGUUUGUUCCUUUCAGAAAUGUGAAAUAUUUUCACUAAUGUUCUUGCAGAUUGCUCUAUCUUCCUGGAGCUAUUACAGCUGGGGUCUUGGGUUUCUUGGUUGACAUGCCAAUGUUCUCUUUUAUUGCCCUAUGUAAAUGCCCUUACAUGCUGUUUAAGGGGUGGCACCGUCUGUUUCAUGACUGUAUAGGUCGGGAAGGGCCUUUCUUGGAGACAAUAUGUGUACCAUUUGCAGGCCUUGCUAUCUUAUUGUGGCCAUUGGCUGUUGUUGGCGCAGUCUUAGGCUCCAUGGUGUCAAGUAUCUUUUUGGGAGCUUAUGCCGCUGUAGUUGUUUAUCAGGAAUCCUCUUUCUGGUUGGGGCUUUGCUACAUCAUUGCUUCCUUGUCCAUAUUCGAUGAAUACAGCAAUGAUGUUCUUGACAUGCCAGAAGGGACCUGCUUUCCUAGGCCUCAAUACCGAAAGAAGGCUUCAGCAGCGCUAACCAGCUCUCGUACCACUUCUUUCUCAAGGGCCGACUCUUCUCGAAAUUUGUCCACUCGCACAGUUUCAUUUAGGAAUAAGAUGGUUGAGUUGUGGCCACUUGAGGUGUGUUGUUUCUUAUUAAAGGAAUGUCAACGCCAUGGGGAAAUAAUGGUUUCUCAAGGGCUGAUUACCCUUAAAGACUUGGAAGAUGCCAUGUCUAGUAAAGAUAGCGGCAGAGUUGUAAGCAUUGGUUUACCAGCUUAUUGCCUCUUCCUGGCACUUCUGCGUUCUGCAAAAGCCAACUCUACUGGAUUUUUGCUAAGUGACAAUUUCACUGAGAUAACUAGCGCAAACAGAGCCAAAGAUACCUUCUUCGAUUGGUUUUUCAAUCCACUUUUAAUAAUUAAAGACCAGAUCAAAGCUCAAAACCUCUCUGAGACUGAAGAGGAGUACCUCGGUAAAUUAGUUCUGUUACGUGGUGAUCCUGAGAGGUUGAAAAACUCAAAUAUUGGUUCACCACCUGAAUCUGAGCUGAAAAGAGCUGAACUUGAUGCAUUAGCUCGAAGACUUCAAGGGAUCACCAAAUCUAUAUCCAGAUAUCCUACAUAUAGGCGUCGUAUUGCUACUAGCAUCAAGACCAUAUCAUCAGAACUUGCCAAGAGAGAUAGUAGCAGCAAAUUUAUCCAUGAACCUCAAGCAGUUCCCCGGUCAAAAAGUACUUUUACCCAUUUAUUUAGCCAGACAUCAUUUAGAAGCAGAACAAACAACAAUGAGUCUGAUCCAGAGGCUCAGGCAGUUGGUGAAAGAGAUGUUUCUAUUGAAUAA